UAGUAUUUAAUUAUUUGUUUGACAACAGUUUCUGUUUCAACUUUGCACCUUAUAGGGGAGACAAGACAAUAAUAGAGUUGAAGAAUGGAGAAGAAGAAUGAGAUGGAACAAGUCCCAAGAGUCAAACUGGGUAACCAAGGCUUAGAGGUGUCUAGGUUGGGAUUUGGAUGCGGAGGUUUAUCUGGAAUUUACAAUGCUCCCCUCUCACAUGAAGAUGGAUGUUCCAUUAUUAAGCAAGUAUUCAAUACAGGGGUUACCUUUUUUGAUACAUCUGAUAUUUAUGGACACAAACAUGAUAAUGAAUUCAUGCUUGGUAAGGCAUUAGAAGAACUUCCCCGAGAAAGAGUGCAAUUGGCUACGAAGUUUGGUGUUACUAUAUCGGAUGGGAUGGAUUUUGGGGUAAAAGGUACCCCUGAAUAUGUAAGGGAGUGCUGUGAAGCUAGCCUUAAGCGGCUUGAUGUCAAUUAUAUAGACUUAUAUUAUCAACACCGAGUUGACACUUCAGUCCCAAUUGAGGAUACCAUGAAGGAGCUCAAACAACUGGUUAAUGAAGGAAAGAUAAGAUAUAUUGGGUUGUCAGAGGCUAAUGCAGACACUAUAAAGAGAGCACACGCAGUUCAUCCUAUUACCGCUUUACAAAUGGAGUAUUCCUUAUGGUCUCGUGACAUUGAAGAAGAGAUAAUUCCACUCUGUAGAGAACUAGGCAUUGGAAUAGUGGCAUACAGCCCUCUUGGCCGUGGCUUUUUUGCAGGAAAGUCAGUUGUAGAAACCUUGCCUAGUCAGAGCUUCCUGAAUAUGCAUCCCAGGUUCACGGGAGAAAAUUUGGAAAAGAACAAGUCUUUCUAUGAAAGAAUCAAUGACUUGAGUUCAAAGCAUGCAUGCACUCCUUCUCAAUUAGCCUUAGCAUGGCUUCUACAUCAGGGAAAUGACAUAAUUCCUAUCCCUGGGACAACUAAAUUAAAGAACUUUGAAAACAACAUUGGAUCUCUGAAUGUGAAGCUUACAGAAGAACAGUUAAGGGAAAUUUCUGAUGCAGUCCCUGUUGAGGAAAUUGCUGGCAAACGAGACUACGGUAGUUUAUUGAAAUAUAUGUGGGAGUUUUCAACUACACCACUGCUAAAGUAAUUGCAUACAGAGAACUGUGCAAUUCGGUGAUAACAAUGGUUUGUAUUCCAACAGUAUCUGUAAUAAAAAUUGUGUGUUAUUUGCAUAUUUAUUAACACUAAGGUUCAAUAACAGUAUUCCUUUUUUACUACCUACAGACUUGUGAUAUUUUUCUAAAUAAACUGAUUUAUAGAGAGGUUUUGGAUGAGCCUGGUAGUUUCCUAUGAAACUAAAAAGUUAGCUUCACCUGAAGAAUUCUAAUUACAAAAUAAUAUUACCAUUAAAUAAUAAUACAAACAGUUAAGUAAUAAUACAAAAUAUAAUAUCUUAUACUUCCAUUGCAAAAUUGAAUAAAUAUAAAUAACCACCAACUAUGUUAAUCUAUAGAGCUAUAGAAUAUUCUAGAUUAUACCAAAGUAAUGAUAAGCAGUAAAAACAUUAUUUGAGGUCCUGAAAGUUCCAAGUCUAUAUCCCCUCUUUGAACCUCAAAUUCUGAGU